CUUUCGACCACGAUGUCUGCGAGGGCAUUCACGGAAUGCUUCGAUCUGCUUCUCCUCGCUCUGUCCUUUUUGGAGACAGACCCUCUGGCGCUAGCCAGCUGUGCUCUCGUGAAUUCUACUUUCCAUCAAGCGGCCUCACGCCUGCUCUAUAAUCGCGUUGUUCAUGCGCCGCGAGUCAUGGAUCUGCGGCCCUCGCCUUGGGGGAGAAUACUUCCACCGGCGCAGAUCCUCAGCGCCAUGACGCCUCGCUAUGCUGACCUUGUGCAUUCCCUCGAAAUCGGACGGUUCCUUCCAAAGAAGGCACAUGGCAUUCGCAAGCAGCUCGAAGAGUGUUUUGCCGCCUUCAGGAAUUUACAGCAUGUUGCUCUGAUCCCGAUCGUCGCCCGCGAGGAUGUCUUUUGGAACGUUAUACCGCUCUUACCAAAACUGCAAUACCUUAAGCGCCUGGAGAUAAAUCGUCUGAGCCACUCAGUAGUGGAGUUGGCGGUACCGGAGGCGUCGACGAGCAGCACAUAUCCCGCGCCCCUGCCUAUGCCACAAAGGUAUGCAAUGGCUAUCCUGAUGGAGGAGGGCGAGGAAGAAGAGGAGGGAGUGGUGGGGACAGACCAUUCCAAGGCGGAGUCUGUGCCUGCUGAACCCGCUCCCGAAGCUCAAGUCACCCAAGAAGCGUCUGCGCUUCAUCAUCUCGAAGCACUCACCAUACACGCGCCGUCGCGCGCAGUUCUAGAUGCGCUCCCGGCGUGGUUGUCCAAAUUGUCAGGAACUCUGCGCGAGCUGCAUUUGUUGGGCGACUGUGGCUCCAUUACGCCAGGCGUGUUGACCAGCCUCUCAAAAAGUCUACGAGACGUCACCGCGUUCAGCCUCGGCCUAUCCUACUCCUUGACGGAUGCGGCUAUCUUCGACGCCCUGGCCACGUUUCCUGAUCUGGCAGACGUGCACCUCGCAUACUACCUUCAACUCAACUCCCCUGCGCACUUUCCUCGACUCGCUAAUCUACGCAAAUUCGCCGUCGACCACCCUCGUUUUGAAACUGCUGACGCUGCUCGCCGCUUUUCCACCUGGGUGCGCAAGGCAAUUCGCGGAACUUCGAGAAUGGAGAUCCUGCGUCUGAGUUGCAGUAAAGAACACGAUGAACCACUUCUGGCUGCAUGCGACAAUCACUCGGUGGACGGGCUGGCCUCACACGUCUCCGCGAAGCACGCUCACUCGCUGCGCAUCCUGGAUUUCGGUGCGGCGACGCACGUGAGCAAGCAAAUGGUCGAGCAGAUAUGCAAGUCCUGCACGCGUCUGGAGGAGUUACGAUUAUGCCUGAGUAAGGACAGCCUUGACGUCGUCCGAACCUACGUAGCCAGCCUCCCCUACCUCCACACCACCGCAUUCCAAAUCAAGAACUCAGUCAUUCUCACCCUAUACAACAUAGAGCACACUAGGACGCCCGAGUUCUUAUGCGCCAAGUAUCUCCGGCCUCCGAGAGGAUCGCCCGAGUCCCUGAAGACGUCGCUGGUUAUGCCAGAGGCAAUACUCUACGAGGGGCGGCGCGGGCGCUUGCGCUGGAUCUCGGUCAAUGAUAUCUUCUGGGAGUCCCUGUGGAGAGUCGAUAAUGACGGCGAAAUGAGAUACUUUGUGGCGGGGCCCCGGAAGCUAGCAAGUAAAGAAGUGCCUCAGUGGCGUGUCAUCGGAGAGAGCGAAGGUGGUUGAAGUUGCUUGAUAGCCGUCGAGCGGAUGGCGACAAUCCGAUUGGCAGUAGUGCGUGCAGAUACAAGCGAGUUAUACAGAAGUAAAGGGCACUUUGUACAACAGGCGAACCACUACCAGGACCAACAGUGUGACGACAGUAUAUAACAGGGAGUCCGACAGGAAAGCGAUCAGUGUUGGGGGUUCGUAAGGUCGUUAAAGGCGUAGCUAGUGCGUAAAGGUCGUGCGGGGUCGUGAA